UCCUUUCUCCCGCUGUUGUCCCAGUUGGUCUAGCUCAUCCUCCGAGUCUUGAAGUUGUCUUGAGCAAACAUAUUUUUUGGUAAAAAGAAAAAAACAAACAGUGAUUGUUGGUACGAACAUUUCGCAGUCCAAAACGAGGUAGUUGUCACUUGGACACCGUUAGAAAAAUCGGGCCAUUAAGACCACCAAAGUGAACAUUUAAAACACGAAAGUUGCAAAUAAUUGGGCGGACCGACGAAAGGACAUUCCUGGUGUAGUUGAACAAUUCUCACAAUCGCAAUCAGAAACAAAAGGGCAGCAGCGAACGUCCAUUUGGAAUUCCGGACAUCACGCAGCAAGAGAAAAGGCAGAGAGCGAGAGAAAGAGAGAGCACAAUGAGGCUCUUUUGGCAGAUCAUCGUCUUGUCAGCUGUUCUUCUCGAGGCCGGUAAAGAUCGCGCCUUGGCCGCUUCCAAUGCGGCUGUCAACGACAAUGGCUCGCCGGGCCAUCAGGUGUCGCUCUCGGCCACCACCACCAAAACAGUCUACGGUUUCUUGGAUUUUACGACUAUCGUCAGCGACACUAUGAUGAUUUUCAAGCCAAGCAAAGCUGCAGGUAACAAGGCGAGGAACGCGUUUGGAUCUCAACGAACGGCUUCCGUCCUGUUAAACAAGUCCAACAAACCAGCUGCGAUUGGCAGUCGAGCGAAGAUCGAGGCCAAUCAUCCAGUUUUGGAAGCGUCGGCAACUGUCCAGCUGACGGACGAAACGCGGGCGGAUGACCAUCAACCGCACGCUAGGAGCGGAUCGGUUCAAGGUGGUGGACGGUUUAAACCGAGCAGACCACGUACGUCGAUUCCAUCGGAAGUGAACAUCGAAGGCAGUCUGCUCAACUUCGAAGAAGCCAGCACCCAAGCGACGCCUCGCAUUAAGACGUCGUUGACGGAACGUUUGAAAAUUCCGCGUCGGCAGACGACCGUGGAAGCCAAAGCAGCCGACUCUGUCGUGCCAUUGUAUUCCGUAAUCAAAAGCCACGUCGAUGUCAGUUCCAGAGUCGACAUUCACAUCGGCGGAUUGCCCAAGGUGAGUGGAUCUUCGCUCGGAAGCAGAUUCUUACCCAAACAGGUAGAAGUCAGGAUGGAGAUGAACAUGUCGCCGCCGACUAAGCAAUCUUCUUCAGCAGCUAACGUAUUGCCACCGGGACAGAGUUUAGUGUCCAGAACGGUCGGUACACGUAUCCAAAACGGCUUGACCACCAUCCACGAAACGUCUGUUAUCGGGACAACCAUUGAUGGCCAGUACGCUCAUUUUGUACAAAGCACGUCCACCGUUUUCCAAGAACCGACGGCAACCGUUAGCGCAUUCGCUCCCGGCCGCUCGGGAAGCGUAGAAGUUGUCACCGAUAACGUAGUGACAGUAUCUGUUGCUAAGCCGAAAAACAACAAACAGAGCAGCAGUGGAAACAGCCCGUCUAGACCGUCGACGGAUGCCGACGAUUUGGCCCAUUUCGCAUCGCUCCCAUCGCUGGAAUCGCUCUUCAAAUCGGUCAGCACUCCAACCCCGACAAACGCGGAGGAAGAGCUCAUCAAAAUGGAAUCCGAGGUAGCCAAAAAGAAGACGCCGGAGGUAACUGUUCAAGAAGAUUCAGCCUCCGUUGUUAUCCACAAAUCGUCUCCACCAUCGGUGCCCAAACCUUCCACGUCACCUAGCGGGAAUUUGGAAAGACGGGCGGGAUUAGCGUCUUCUCCGAGAAUUCGUGACACUACCCCACGGCCGCAACGUCCGGAUGAGCAGCGCUGGCGCUACAGUCCUACUCCUAAACCUAAAGUGAGCAUCCAGAGGACGUCGAAUGCAUCCGGAUCUCGCUUCCGGGAACGCGUGGCCAAUCAAAACAAUCAGCCAUCAAGAGAGAGCGAAUUUGAAGAUCAUUCCGGGUCCAACAAUAAUGACCAAGAGCGGGAAUCGCCCGAUCCGACGGAAGUGAUCACCUUGCGCGUUCAGAGCGUGACCCCGGAAGGUUACAGCAAUAUUUAUUACGAAAUUGCCACUGUUAAAUCGCCUUACAUCAUGCGACUCGGUGCCGUGCGGAAUACCCGCUACGUGACGCUGACCCGCAGCUACACUCGACUCAUCACGCCGACACCACCUCCAGCAGUCAUUGCUACAAUCGAUGAUUCCGAUUACAGUUUGCCUGACUACGAGCCGGAAGCGUUACUGGAACCGAGCCAACCACUGCCGGACCCAGAAAAUAUUUUAGCUACGACCUCUCCGUAUGAACAAAUCCUGAAAGAAUCCAGCGACACAGCCACAUUACCGGCCAUUAUCGUGGCUGCCACAGAAGUGACGAACGACUACUCGAUGCAGACGGUGACGGAAACGUUCAGUACGACAGAGCUGAUGCUGAAGACAUCCAUUUUGCCUUACCAGAGAGCCGGAACGACAACCCACAUGACACUGACCCAGUCGUAUUACAUCACGAGAGUCGUGGUGGCCGUCAAAACAGUUCCGCAUGAAGAUCUUUAUGGAUUCAUUCCCAGCAAAACGCUGACGGAUAUCAGCACCAAUUUGCAAGAAGCAGGUUCUGAACAUAACGAACGAUUGUUACCCGGUGAGUUAGAAUUCAGCGAAAAUGAUGAAUACUCCGAUCAAGAGGACGAAGGCCCUAGGAACGAGAAGCGCGUACCAGCACCGCAGGGCUAUUCAUCCGACACGGAUUUGUCCAGCAUUGGACAGGAAUUCGAUCUGUCUUCCGUAGACAGGCCUUCACCUCAAGUAGAUUUGGAACCAAGUUUGGUCGAUACGGCGGCUGAAUUCACUACUAGACUUAGCACUCCACCUCUACCGAAUAGCUUCCAGCAGCUGGAGCCUUCCAUCAAUGGCAAUGUGCCACAGCAAUUACCGUCCGGACAAGAGACGCCCAUCCUGUCUCCCGAGCAGUUGCAACAACUAGCCUUGUUCCGCUACAUGAAUCCGUACGCAGCUGCUGGUCUGCCAUUCGGCUAUCCAGGACUACCGGGUUAUGGAGCGGGCAACGUUGGCGGAGGAACUCAAGUGAUAACCACAAGUAAGCCAGUGGUGAAAACGUUGGACGUCAUCCGGACGGAGACUGUGCCCAUCUGGAAUGGAGUCACGACAAUUUACAGCACCAUAACAAGGACGAAAGGAACGACGGUGGUGACAGAAACCGAAUACGGAACAGCAACGAUUACAGCGCCCGUCAAUCCGCUUUUCCCCGGCCAGCAGUAUACGAUCGUCAGCAGCCCAGUGGUGACGGAAGUGACCACAACCAGCACUGAACUGCGCAUUUAUCGAAUCAUCUUCCGGGCGCAGACCACCUACACCACCGUCACAUCGACCACCGUUUUCCCGACGAUGGUUACCACAUACGUAUCAAGUACCGUACCCAUCCAGCCGACCGCAUUCCCUGCUGGAUUAUUUCCCGGAUCGUAUCCGUUCGCUGCCUUUGGUUAAAAACAAAAAGAAAAGAAACACGAUUUAUUGAUAUAAGGCUUUGAUUGUGCAUCGUCUUGCAUAUUUCAAUUAAAGACAAGCAUAACUUUCUCUCUCUUUUUUUUUUUAAUUGUGCGUGAAUGUAUUUGUCUUUUCUCUUUUUAACCAGCCAUCAUCCACCUAAAUGAAUUUUGAUUAUAACUCUGUCCCAAAUUUUUGCUGCGUGAACAUUAUGUGUUUGUAUAUAUUUUAAUGUGCCGUCUGUGUUGUGUUUCUUAUCCGAAAAAAAAGAAGGCUACCCAUGUUUUCCAGGUAGACACGCCUUUACCCAACUACUCCUCCUUCUCAUCACCACCAAGGAUGACACAAUUAUCGUUCGAGGUUCAUCAUUAUCUCUCCUUCUCUCUGUCCCUCUGUCUCCAUCUCUCUCUCUACAAACGGCGUCGUUAAUUUCCCACUUUCUCUUCGACUUUUUCUAUUUAAUUUUUUUUUUUUGUUCUCAGAAGACAGGGGAUUCUUUUGACGAGUUUGAUGACGAAACUAAAAAAGAAAAGAGAGGGAGGAAACGCAGCUGACACGGCUGGAUCUUUCAAUCUGUUGGCAAUAAUUUUCCCACCUUUUUCUCAUUCCCAACUCUAAAAUACAGUAUUUUCAAAAGAAAAAGCGCGCUGGUCGCCCGCGCCGCCAUUUUUAACUGACCGCGAAACGUCGACAAAAAGAAAUAUAAAACUGUUACUAGGUAGUUGACCAUUUAGAUGAGCUUUAAAAUAAGAAGGGAAAAAAAAAAAAUGAUUUCUAACUACAUAACUGAUAUGAACAAACUUUCUAUUCCCUAUUCUCAUCCUCCCACUUUUCCCCAUCUGUUUCUUAUCUCAAAACAUUCGAUUCGCCCCAUUUCUCUGGAUGCAGAGAUGACAUACAAUACAACGAAAAAUCGGUUAUUGA